GCCACACACACACGCACAGAGCCGAGUUAUCCUCAGCCAAGAAGGGGGGAAAAAAAGCUCCAUCCCACCACAGAAUGCACUGGCAAAAAUCUUCUGCCUCAGAGCAGCAGCCACAGCCUCGCCCCUACCAAGGUGUCAGAGUGAAGGAGCCAGUGAAGGAGUUGCUGAAGAGGAAAAGGGGGAACAUCCAUAAUUCUGCUGCAACUGCAGCUACAACGGUUGCUUUGCCCCAUCAGCCAGUCCCUUCCUACUCACCCAUGGGCCAGCCUUGCAUUGACAUGGACGCUGCUGGCCCUGCUCUGCCUGGCCCAGAGGAAGGAGCUCUGGCCUCCGGAUGGAUCCCCCAGCCCUCUCCCAGCUCCCUGCAGCCCCUGGCUCAGUGGAGCCCUUACCCUGAGUACGUGUCCCACGAGGCUGGUGGCUGUCCCUACACAGCAGAUAUGUACGUGCAGCCUGUGUGUCCCAGCUACACCCUGGUGGGACCCUCCUCUGUCCUCACCUACACGUCCCAGCCUCUCAUCACCAAUUUUGCACCCCGCAGCACCACCCCGGCCGUGGUGCCACCGCUGGAGGUGACGGAGCAGCAGCCGCCCCUGACAUAUUUCCCGUGGGCACAGCCCCUGUCUGCCCUGCCAGCCUCCACCCUGCAGUACCCUGCAGCCUCCUCCUCACUGCCCGGGCCCCAGCUGGUGCCUGUGCCCAUCUCCAUCCCCGAGCCAGCCCCGCAGGAGCUGGAGGAUGCCCGGAGAGCCAUCGGCGCCCUGCCCAUCGAGAAGCUGCUCCUGGAAGAUGAAGACAAUGAUACGUACGUGUUAAGCCGUGCUCUCUCUGUCGAAGGGCUUUAGGUUGCACAUCUGGGGCCUCAAUGCUCAAUGCUGCUCGCAGCACCUCGUUGGAUUUUGAGGAGGGAGGAGAAGCAGGCGGGUGGGGUGGGAAUUUUAGCACGCCGUGAUUUGUGUGUUGAGUGAAAUUUGCUUUGUUCUGGUGCCCAGCACAAGAUUCCUCUGCUGUUCCAGCUCCUGCUGCCUCUCCCAGGCAGGUUUGGAUGCUGCACACUUGUGCUCAGCACCGGCACAAGGGGAUUUUCACCCUCAUGGCCUCAAAUUGACAGAUCCCAGUGUAGCCAAGGCCAGCUGUAGCAUUUGGUGAAGGUAAAAUUACCUCUCAAUUUUGGCAAACCCGGUUCAAUAGGGCUGCUUUUGUGUAAAUGCCUUGUUUGUGUGUCUGUGACCUGUCCAUUGGAGAAACUCCCACCAGAUUUAGGCCACUAGAAAACAUUUGAGGGCCUAAACUGAUAUUUUUCUCCCCUAAAUUUUACUACUACUUUGGCAAUCAGGAAAACGUCGAGUGUAGCUUUGCUGUGCUGGUGCAGGUAGGUGCAGUAGUCUGAAAAUAAAGCUGAACGAAAUGCCAGAGCAGUCAGAGAUCCCUGUUUGCAGAGCAAGAAUUCACACCAAGGUGUAACUGGGAGCUCUCACCAUGUCUACCCCUGGAGCCCAGCCCUGCAGGUGUGGAGCAGUGGGCUGGGGUCGUGGGCUUUUAGCUGCAGAGGGGUUUGGGCUCUGAAAUAUCCAAAUUUGAGGUGUGGGGCUGAUUUAGUGGCUGGCUGGUAAUGCUGCCAGUGGACAGAUCCUGUCCCACUGAAGUCUCUGGGAGUUUUGGCUUAGUCAGGAUUGCAAUUCAUGGCCCUGUAUCAGGAGAUCAUUAAGACAGGGAUUUUCCAGAAUCUGGAAUGCAGCCCAAAAGGAAUCCAUGGCAUUACUGUUACUUGGCAAUAUUUUUGCUUUUCUGGAGCAUUUGAGUGUGAAGCUGCUGCUGUGCUGAGCCAGGGAACUUUAGUGACCUGUCCUUGGAAAGUUCCCCUGGCCCAGAGGUGCACACAAUUCCUUUAAGGCUUUCUGAUUUCCUUUCCUGGAGAAUGAGUAGCUUCACUUUUCCCUCCAAUGCAACUGUAAAUGUUUUGGUUGAGGCUCAGGAAUGCCAUGCCACAGGCAAAUAUAUUUCAGGAGAUACAUCCCCUUCAAACCCUGUUUAUUGUUUUCUUGACAAACAAGAGGCUCUUGGCUGGUGAACACAAUUUCUCUGGGUUUUUCUGCUUUCUAAAGCCCAGGAUUGUUAGAUGAUUUUAUUAUUUGCAAGACUAACUGCAAAAUAAUUUAUUGUACUCUCUAUUACCUGGAGUUCAGUUGCCACCCAGGCAAUAUUUUAAGUGGCCUUACAGUUCAUGCUUGGGUGAGGUUUGAAAACUCAGGUUGAAAGUCCUAAAGACUUUCCAAGAGUAUUUUUUUAUUGAAUAUUGACAAAUGUGGAAGACACGAGCACUAGAUCAUGUAAGUGAUCACAAAGUUGUUGGAAAAGAGCAGUAGUUGAGGUUUGCAUUGAAAUUAGUGGCUUGUAUUUGCAGAAAAACCCAGCAAAGAAAUUAAUUCAAAGGAGCUUAACUCACCACUGCUUCCUCCAGUUUUAUGAAGUUCAGAGAUAUUCCCUAGGUAAAACUGGGAUAAAGCAGUUGUGAAUCAAGCUUGUGGUUGCUCUGAUUGCUUUUCAAUUCCUUUCACUCCAAUGUAUGUAAAUUCUGUGUGUGAACAUAAAACAAAGAUGAAACUGUUUCAUCAUUUCUUUCUGGGUUGUUCUGGUUAG